AGAUUUGACACACGACCGACAGAUUCGUUUGUGUUUUGGUUGUAUAACAAGCAAUAACCUUCUGAUAGAAACAUGACAAGUAUCGCGUAAAUUGAGUUAGUUCCUUCAGUUCCUUUCCUCUAAAACAAACCCAUUUUUUUCGUACUCCGCCGUGAUGACUCCAAUCGUGUGCCCCCGAAUCUUAACAAAAUGCGGAAGAACUUACCACAACUACUGUGGUUCGCUGUUUGCAUUCGACAACACCAACCGAAAAUGUAACUUUUCCACGGGGAACAUUCUACGUAAAAAGAGUCACUAUGAUGUCCUUGGUUUGACGCCCAAGGCCACGCAGGUGGACGUGAAGGCAGCAUACUACAAUUUAUCGAAAGUGUAUCAUCCGGAUAGAAAUGAAGGUUCCGCAGACGCAGCAGAGAAAUUUCGCGAUAUAAGUGACGCAUAUGAGAUACUGGGAAAUUAUAAGCUCAGACGAUUGUACGACAAAGGAAUCAUUCAUACUGCUGGGGCGCAGUAUAAAGAUGUGGAAGAAACGGUUGAGGAAGUGAAAGACGAUGCACAGACCCGGUUCUAUAAACGGCAUAUGAAACGUACCGAAGCGCCGACAGCGACGGGCCGAACACCGAUCUUCAAUUUUGAUGAAUGGAACAAUGAACAUUACGGGAAGGCAUUUGAACGCAGUCAGGCGGCUAGGAAGAAAUUUUAUGGUAAACCAGCUGAAAAUUUGCGUCAAGAGAACAGCGGAAAGUACGAGAUCACGAUAUUUGGUGGCAUGGUCUUAAUGAUUUUAGUUCUCUACGGAAGCACGCUAUUCGAAAAAAAACCGGAUGAAGUCAGUGAAUCGACGAAGAGGUAAUUCAUAUGUGAAGUGAAACUGUCGUUGGCCAAACUGGUCGUUGUUAAUUGAUUAGUCUAUCCGCCUUGUAAAUAUUUUUCUCUUUUUUGUUUUCGAUUUUCAUUAAAUUUAUUUUCAAUA